UUUUAUUUAUAAAUUUGUGAAUUUUUAUUGCAUUUUAUAAUAGUUUUUCUCAUGAUACAAAAAAUAAAUUGAAACAAAAAAGAAAAUAAAGUGGUGUCUUUUUUAUUCUUUCGUUUCUUCUCAAUUGUAUAAAAUAAAUGUCAUCCAUCGUCUGCUACAGUUACAACAAUAACAACUACAAUACAACUUGGAAAAGGAAUACACACAUUCAAUACAACAACAACGGCAAAAGUGGUGGUGUUCCUUGCAACAAUAAUUAAAUGAAAAAUUGCUAAAAUAAACGAAGCAAUUUUAUUUUGGAGACAAGCCAACGAAAAUCAAAUUCAACAAUUGUUAAAAAAAAGAAUAAAACAAAUAUUCUUUUUUUCUACUUAACUAAUCAAACAAAAUGAACAUUUAAACAAAAAGUUAUUAAAUGACUUCAAAAUUGAACAACUUAAUGAACCAAAACUGUUGACUGCUCUGCAAGCCGUUUUAUGCCAAUUAAAAAGCCAAAUAAAUCAAAAUUCUUUUUGAGAUAAUUUCAAAUUGGAAGAGCGGAACUCAAAAAAUAGUGAAAUAAAACUUUCACAAAAUACAGAGAAAUAAUCAUGAAUUUGCAGUGAAUUCUAGAACCAAGGCUUUACUGGAAAAAUAAAAAAAGAAAACACAACAAAGGUACUGGACAGCUGAUCGUGGCUCAGUUGUUAAGUGUUUUUUUUUUAAUUAUUUGACUGGCUCCAGGCAACACUUGUGGGAAAAUAUUAAAUACAAAACCAACAAGAAAUUCGGGUCUCAACCCGAACAUCAAACAAACUGGCGGACAAAGAGGGAAACUUUUCAUUUGCCGCAGCACCAUCAACAUCAGGGGCCUACGGUGGCAGCUGCCCGCAACUUAACAAACGCAGACGUAUCUAUGCCUCGACUGGUAGUGCCGCCAACAUUAUGAUGGAUCGUGAAAGCCUUAGCGAAUGGGCUAAGGAUAAACCAUUAAGCAUAUUACAAUUGGAUCCAGCCGAUCGUGCUGUAUUGCGUAUAGCAGAUGAACGCGAUGCCAUUCAAAAGAAAACAUUCACAAAAUGGGUCAACAAACAUCUUAAAAAGCAUUGGAAAUAUGCCAAGACCUAUACAAUGUUACAUGUUUGUGUUUACACAAAUGGGGCUCCCUGUUGUCCACAGUCUGCCGCCAAUAGACGUGUUGAAGACUUAUUUGAAGAUUUACGAGAUGGACACAAUUUGCUCUCACUCUUGGAAGUGCUAUCUGGCGAACACUUGCCAAGAGAGAAGGGAAAAAUGCGUUUCCAUAUGAUACAAAAUGCACAAAUGGCUUUAGAUUUUUUACGCUAUAAAAAAAUCAAAUUAGUGAAUAUAAGAGCAGAAGAUAUUGUGGAUGGUAAUCCAAAAUUAACACUCGGUUUGAUCUGGACUAUUAUUUUACACUUCCAGAUCUCCGAUAUUGUUGUUGGUCAAGAGGACAAAGUAUCUGCACGUGAGGCACUUUUGCGUUGGGCCCGUCGCUCUACUGCUCGGUAUCCGGGAGUUCGUGUCAAUGAUUUCACAACAUCAUGGCGCGAUGGUUUGGCAUUCUCAGCACUUGUACAUCGUAAUCGACCGGACUUGCUUGACUGGCGAAAGGCAAGAAACGAUCGACCAAGAGAACGUUUGGAGAAUGCCUUCCAUAUUGUUGAAAAGGAAUAUGGUGUUACACGUCUAUUAGAUCCAGAAGAUGUUGACACUAACGAACCCGAUGAGAAAUCAUUAAUUACUUACAUAUCAUCUUUGUAUGAUGUGUUCCCCGAACCACCUGCCAUUCAUCCCCUCUUUGACAUGGAGUCACAACGCCGUGUUCACGAAUAUCGUGACUUGGCUCAACAGUUCAUAUACUGGUGUCGCGAAAAGACCGCUUACUUGCAGGAACGUUCAUUCCCGCCCACAUUGAUUGAAUUGAAACGUUUGCUUAGCGACCUUCAUCACUUCCGCAACGAAGAAGUGUCCGUACGUAAGCGAGAAAAAACCAAAUUGGUACAAAUCUACAAGGAACUUGAGCGGUACUUUGAAAGUAUCGGCGAAAUUGAUGUGGAAACAGAAUUGCGUCCCGAGGCCAUUGAAAAGGCCUGGUAUCGCAUGCAGACCGCUCUGCAAGAACGUGAAAUGAUAUUGCAGCAAGAAAUCGAUCGUCUGGAACGUUUGCAGCGUCUUGCUGAUAAAGUCGAACGCGAAAUUAAGCACGUCGAUGUCAAACUUACCGACCUUGAAAGUCGCAUCAACGAAGAAGCCAGACGCAUCGAACGCUUGCAUCCAGUUGAUGCAAAGAAUAUUGUCGAAUCAUUAGAAACUGAAAUUCGUCAUUUGGAAGAGCCCAUACAAGACAUGAAUCAAGAUUGUCACGUUCUCAACGAAGGCCGUUAUCCCCAUGUAGCCGAAUUGCAUAAAAAGGUCAAUAAACUACAUCAACGCUGGGCUCAACUUCGAACUACAUUCCAUACAAAUCUUGUGCAAAAAUUAACCGGCCUAAAAUACCCCGUCCAAGAAACGACUUUGACCCGCCAAAAGCGCGUAGUCGUUGAAUCACGACAAAUCGAAACAAAUCCUCAUUUCAGAGAUUUACAAGAACACAUCGAAUGGUGCCAAAACAAAUUGAAACAACUUCUUGCCGCUGACUAUGGUACAGAUUUGCCAUCCGUCAAAGAAGAACUUGAUCGUCAACAACGUGAACACAAAAUCAUCGAUCAGUUCCACAGUAAGAUACUAAACGACGAACGCCAACAAACGAAAUUCACUGGCGAUGAAUUGAAUCUGUAUCAACAACGUCUAAAUCAAUUGCAAAAAAUCUAUGCCGAACUAUUGAGUACCUCAACAAAACGAUUAUCCGAUUUGGAUUCAUUGCAACAUUUCCUGGCUCAGGCAUCGGCCGAAUUACAGUGGUUAAACGAAAAGGAACAAAUAGAAAUAACUCGCGAUUGGGCAGACAAACAAUUGGAUUUGCCCUCUGUGCACAGAUAUUAUGAGCGUGCAUUUGGUAAUGGAGAUGAGAAUCUGAUGUCUGAAUUAGAAAAACGUGAAUUACAUUUUGGUACAAUAUUGGAUCGUGGUGAAACACUGUUAAAUCAACAACAUCCCGCCUCGAAAUGUAUUGAUGGUCAUUUGACAAUUUUGCAACAGCAAUGGGCAUGGCUUUUGCAAUUGACCCUCUGUCUGGAGGUUCAUUUGAAACAUGCCACUGAAUAUCAUCAAUUCUUUGCUGAAAUAAAAGAUGCCGAACAAUGGCUGAGCAAACGUGAUGAGAUUUUGAAUAGUGAAUAUUCAAAGUCUGACUUUGGUUUGGAUCAAGGAGAAGCUCUGCUAAGAGGCAUGCAAGAUUUGCGUGAAGAAUUGAAUGCAUUUGGUGAAACAGUUGCCAACUUGCAGCAUAGAGCUCAAACAAUAGUACCUUUGAACAAGCGCCGCCAACCUGUCAAUCGUCAGAGUCCCGUCCAAGCCAUUUGUGCUUACAAUCAACAAGGACAAGUCCAAGUAGAUAAGGGAGAGACGUGUACAUUGAUAGACAACUCGGGCCGUGUUAAAUGGCGCGUACGUACGUCCAAGGGACAAGAAGGUUUAGUGCCCAGUGCUUGUCUAUUAAUGCCACCACCGGAUAAGGAGGCCAUUGAUGCUGCCGAAAGACUUAAACGUUUGUUUGAUCGCUCCGUCAGUUUGUGGCAAAAGAAACACUUGCGCCUUAGACAAAACAUGAUCUUUGCCACCAUCCGUGUUGUCAAGGGUUGGGACUUUGAUCAAUUCUUGGCCAUGGGUCCUGAACAAAGAACUGCUAUACGUCGUGCUUUAAAUGACGAUGCUGACAAGUUGCUUAGCGAAGGUGAUCCAAACGAUCCUCAACUAAGACGUUUGAAACGUGAAAUGGAUGAAGUAAACCGUUUGUUUGAUGAAUUUGAAAAGCGUGCCAGAGCAGAAGAGGAAAGUAAACAAGCCAGUCGCAUCUUUACCGAAGAAUGUAUUGCCAUUAAGGGUAAACUAGAAGAUAUGGCAAGAGAAUUAGAGCAAAUCAUAAGUGCUCCUCUACCCCGUGAUCUUGACUCAUUGGAACAUGUUUUAGAAAUCCAUUCCGAUUAUGAACGUCGCCUACAGCUAUUGGAUCCCGAAUUGCAGCAUUUGCAAGAAACCUUCCGUACAAUUGCUUUGAAAACACCAGCUCUUAAAAAGAGUUUGGAUAAUUUAUUGAUAUUGUGGAAGGAAUUAAAUACCUUGAGUAAUUUGCACAAAGAUCGUUUGAAACUAUUGGAAACAUCUCUGGCUGGUCUAGAGGACAAUGAACAUUUCAUAUCGGAAAUAGAAAAUCAACUUGCCAGACAUCAGGAUCUACCAUCCACUGCCGAAGGCUUGGAAAUGGUAUUUAAACAGCUGACACAUAUGCAAGAUUUGAUAACACAACAACAGCCACAAAUGGACAAAAUGACAGAUGCGGCCGAUCAAUUGGGACGCAUGGGAGUGCCCACAAAAGUAUUAAAUGAUUUGAAACGUCUUCAUACCAAUGUUGAGCGAUUGAAUACACGAUGGAGUACAAUUUGUAAUCAACUAGCUGAAAGAAUGCGCUCAUGCGAGAACGCCAUAGGCCUUAUGAAGAAUCUCCAAUUACCGCUACAGGUUGAAGAAUCAUGGGUGGAUGGCACUAUAGAUAAGGUCGCAGCUAUGCCGACUGCUACUUCGGCUUAUGAAUUGGACAAAUUGCUGGGAGCUGCUAUCGAACGAAAACCUAAAAUCGAAAAUGUCAACUUGGCUGGAGGAAAACUUAUUAGAGAAGCAAAGAUUUACGAUGGUAAAUGUCUGCGCUUCAUCGAUUGGUUGCUAGAGGUGCGGCCAUCUUUCGCUCCACCACGACGAGAUUUGCGUCCUGCCGAAAGUGAUCCUGGUGCCACACAGUAUUACAGCCAACGUUUGGAUUUAUUAAAUACGAAAUACGAUCGACUAUUGGAACAAUUAUCACAACGUCUUAAAACUGCCAUUGAGGUAAAUGGCAGUGAUGGUUUGCAAUAUGCUGAAAGUUUGCAAAAACCACUCAAAACUUUCCGCGUAGAUUUCGGCGCAAACAACGUACCUACUGGCGAAGGUUACGUUGCACGCGAUGAAGAUCACUUUACCACCUCAUACAGCACAACACAGUUUAGCACAACAAAAACCACAAAAAGUGUUUAUGAUGCUAGCGACUAUGUACACACCACAACCACAACUAAUGGAACGACUGUUCCAGCGAAACAGUCUCAAAUACAAUUCAACGAAAUCCAUAGUCUUAAACGUGUUCAGACAAGAAACGAGAAUGUUGGCACCGAAUUCGGUGGCAAUGCUAAACAUUUACUAGACAUUACAGGCAUAAGGGAUCCCCGAACAGGGCGUGUUUUAACGAUUGGAGAUGCCAUACAAAUGCGCAUUUUGGAUGUACGAACAGGAGAAAUGAUCGUUGGUGACGAUAAGAGGAUUUCGUUGGAAGAGGCUGUUAAACAAGGGCUAAUUGAUGCCAAAUUAGCCCAUCAACUCUUAGAGCCGGGAGCUGGUAGGGACGCCAGCGGACGAGAACUUUCUCUUUUGGAAGUUAUACAACGUGAGAUCAGUGAGGCCGAGUCUGGCUAUGAAACAGCUGAGAAGCGUAUUAAGGUAACAAUUGAAGAAUCCACAGAAGCCGAAAAUCCUAAAAAUAUUGCCGAUGCCAUUUCUGCUGGAAAUGUUGAUACCAAAACCGGUCUGUAUCGUGUAAAAUCGGGCAAAACAAUAACACUGGCUGAAGCAUAUGAACGUGGGUAUCUUAUUAGGCAUGAGUCGGUAACGAUAAAAUCGAACGCCCUGUGCCUUAGUGAUGCCAUCGGUCAUGGUUUGGUGGAUACGGCUGGAUGGAUAGCCGAUCGUAAUUCAGGUGACAAAUUCAGACUUGACUCGGCUAUUGCAAACCAACUUAUAGAUCCUAAUGUACGUGAAGUAGUUGAUGCUAAGAACGACAAUAAGAUUACACUAAACGAAGCUCUCAAAUCGGGUAUUUUAAAUCCAAAAACGGGUCGGUAUUUGAAUGAAGUAACUAAAGAAAAACUGACAUUUGUCGAGGCUAAGAAUCGUCAACUUAUUGUCAAACCAUACACUCUUAAGGAUAUUUGCGAUUUAAAUUUAAUGGAUAAGCAGUCAAAAAUAACCAGCCCCAUGAGACGGGAAAAAUUAAGUAUAUUGCAGGCCAUAGAAUCAGGAGUCGUAGAUGGCAAUAACUUGAAGUGUGUGACAAAACGUAAAGGUGAAUUGAUAACACUUCAAGAGGCUAUAGCCGAUGGCAUCGUUUUGCCAGCAGAAUCGAAGUAUAGGGAUUUUAUGACAGGGGAGAUAGUGUCAAUUCCGGAGGCCGUAGAACGAGGUUUAAUAAGCAGUGUAUCGCAAAAAUCGAUAUUUGAUAUAGACGGUUUUAAAGAUAUGGUCAGCAAUGACUUUGUUAGUUUUAAUGUUGCCUCAUCGCGUGGAAUCUUACGCCGUAAAAGUACAGGUUUUGCUUUGGAAACAAGUCGUGAUUCGCAAGUGCCUUUAGAAAUAGCUAUGAAGGAAGGUCUUAUACGACCCGAAGUUUUUGAAAUGUUUAAUAAGGGUAUUGGAGUUCAUAAUGCCAGUGGCAAUGAGCUGAAUGUGUUUGAUCUAUGUUAUCACAAUUUAAUCGAUCCUAAGACUGGUUAUUUGUUAGAUCCUAAGACUGGUGAAACUGUGCCUCUUGAUUUAGCCAUAGAACGCAAGUUUAUAACGCCCGAGGGCGCAUUACUCCUAAGUAGUCUUUUGAAUAUUACGUUGACGACUGAAACUGUGACAAGAACAAUUAAUCGUUAUGUUACAAUUAGAUCAGGUUCUCAAGAACCUACAGAAACACAUGUAGUUUUGACAUUUACUGAAGCUGUGCGUCAAGGUUUCAUAGAUGAGGAGAGACAGUUGUUCAAAGAUCCUAAAACUGGUAAAAUUUAUUCAGUUCAACAAGCACUUAGCUAUGGACUUUUACAACCAGAUGCAAAUGAUCCCGUGCCUGAACCAACAAAUCGUAAAAAAACUAAAUCUACCAUUACUAUUGUUACUAAACAAAUAGUGCCUGAAUCAGAACCAAUUAAAAUGAAUACACAGAAAUUUGUAGAAAAAUCUGUAGAGAUUCCCAUUGACCAGGAGUUUUUGAAACCCGGAAAGAUUAACACAGACUUUAUACAAAAUGAGAAAACAUCUUAUGUAGAAAAUAAUAUACAAGAAAGACAAAUUAUAGAAUUACCUCCUGGUGGCUGGCCUCUAAAAGAUGCAAUUGCACAGCGUAUUUUCAAUCCAGAUACAGGUGUUUUCCACAUUAGGAGUACCGAAAGAGUUGUUAGUUUCGAAGAGUGUAUUACGAAAUACAUUAUCAAUAGCUUAUCUGUGUCAGUAAUUGAUCCUAGGACAAACGAAAAACUGUCUAUUCGCAAUGCUUUUGAAAGAGACAUUUUAGAUUCAUUCGGCAAUUAUACAAAUAAAGACAAAGAAGUGCAAACAAUGCGUUCUGCCAUUAAUGAAAAUAAAAUUAUACUGGAAAAUGUACCAGUGACGAAAACUUCAGCUAGGGAACAAUGUAUUUUACGUAUUAGUAAGAUAAACAAUAUGCCAGAAAUUGUCGAAAUAUCUACUCCACUUUCAUCGGAGUCAUCUCCAAAGUUCGUUGAAGUCUUGACAUUACAGCGCGAAUUAACUUCGCCCGAACCGUUGCAAAUUGCACCUGGUGCUAUAUACGACCCUUCUACGGCUUUAGUUAUAUUUACGCAUAAUGGCCAAACGGAAAAUAUUUUUGAUGCUGCUCGCCAUGGUUUAAUAGAUGAAAAUUUAAUCAAAAUUCUGGAUCCUAAUAGUAAAUUACUAAUUUCAAUAAAUGAAGCAAUUACACAAAAUAUUUAUGAUCCGGAAAAUUCGACCAUUAUGACGGAAGAGGGCUAUCCCGUUGAUAUUCUGACAGCCAUUCAAAAGGGGCUAGUAAUUGUUUCGGGUGCUCCUCUCGUAGCAGCAGAAGGUGCUUUGCGUACCAUUCGCUUCGUAACAGAUCCUCGAACAGGGGAACAAAUCCCAGUUGAAGUUGCUUAUGAACGUGGCAUUGUCUCAAGAGAUCAAUUGUCAAAAACUAAAUCUUUCGAGAGCGAUACAUGCGAAGAAAAAGUUGUUGUUCUGCAAAAAAUGCGUAAAAUAAUUUUGAAACCAUCUGAUGCAUUUAAAAAGGGCAUAAUUGAUGAGAAAACAAAGGAUAUCCUAGAGGACAAACGCAACUUUUUGGACGAAAAGAACCAGGUUAUAACGAUUUCUGAAGCAUUGGAAAAGGGUUUAAUCGACGGAAAUAGUGGAAAGAUUAUUGAUCCACAACGUAACCGAACAUUGAAUAUAGCAGAAGCUGUAAAACAAAAUAUUAUUGAUUCAGAAGAAACCAAUCAUAUUUUAAUACCUCUAGCAAAAUCUCUCUCUAUUCCGAAGCUAAUGGAACAGGGUCUAAUAGACACGAAAACCCAAACCAUUGUACAUCCAGAAAGUGGUUAUGGCUUAAAUAUAAGGGAAGCGAUAGUAUGCGAUGUAUUAGAUCCCUACUCAAAACUUAAACGGCCAACUGUGUGUACAAUUGAAGAAGCCAUCGAAAAGAAUGUCAUAGACCAAGACAAAUCUACAUUUAACGUCGAUGGUAAGAUUUUAAAUUUUGCUCAAGCAUUAUCUGCUGAUAUUUUUGAUAACAAAUAUGAUGAACAGAAAUCAGUUGUGGCGAUACCACCCGUAGGCAUGACAUUCCCUGUUGUUGUUGAAAGAGGCCUACUAAAUCCCGAUAGAGUUAUUAUUGUACAUCCUGAAAAUAACAAAGAUAUUCCCCUCAAACAAGCCAUUGAUGAUGACUUCAUUAUGUCCAUUCCAUAUCCACCAAAGGCAGAUGCUAUUGAAGUUCAUAAAGCAGUUGAACAAGGUCUUAUUAGUGUCAUGGAUCAAGCAUUUAAGCAUCCCAAAAAUAAUGAAAGUUUUCCUAUUCGCGAAGCUUUGGAAAAUGGCCAAUUGGUUGUUAAACAGAUAUCUGACUUUGUUAUUACACAAAAACCACUUCCAAGAACUGAAGUCAUGGAAACCAUAACGGCAGUUCAUACUGUUACUACAAAGACUAUUGAACUUAUUCAAGGCUACAUUUUAAUAUCAAAUAAUGAAGUGCAAAAUGUUAAAACGGGUGAAGUUUGUUCAAUUGAGGAGGCCAAAGCUAUUGGCAUUUUAAGAGAAGAAGAAAGUUCAAAAGAAACUCGCUCUGUAACCGAAAAUAAAGAUAAUGUACAGACAUUGGUAGAAGGUAAAGCUCAACUUUUGGAAGAAUCUCCAAAGUCUAUAACAUCAGAUAACAAAAAGGAAUCUUUGCCUUAUACAACAACAAUGGAUGUUCAAACUGAUGAAUUGCUACAACAAUCAGAUAUUCCAAAGCAGAAUGUUACAUCUUCAACUCUGAAUACGGUUAAAGAAGCUGCGAAAAUUGGAGCAUUAGGUAUAGUUGCUGCUCCAGUUUUAGCCGGAGGUGCUAUUGUUAGUGGAAUUAAACAAUUAGUAAAGACGACUACAACAAAAGUAACAGAAGAAACACAAAAAGAAGUUCCUUUAUCAUCUCCUUCAGAAGUUUCUUCUACUAAAGCAACACUUCCAAGAGAGGACACAAAUUCUCCAACUACGGAGUCUAGAUUGCCAACAAGUAAUCAAUCUAAACAAACAUUAACAUCAAGCAUAUUAACUACUUCUACUACUACAACAAUCACAACACAAUCAGAAAAUAGUUUUACGGGUAGAAUAGACGAAAGUCAAAAAACUGUUCAAGAAUCUACCGAUCCACAAAACGUUGUUUUGGUGGAAAACCUCAUUAAAGAUACAGAGAAUUUCAUUAAUAGUACAACCGCCAACUUCAUAAAUCAAGAGAAGAAUGGACAACAGCAAGUGCCACAACAAUCAGGACAAAAUAUCUUAACUGAUGGCAUACCACAAAGCGAACUUUCCUCUGUAGUUAUAACUACGGAAACUUCUGUUAAAAGUACUGAUCCAAUAAAUGAAAUAACCGAGGUAUUCGAUUUAAAAAAUGCUCCAGUAAAUCCAUAUAUAUCCGAUAAGAAACAAGUAGAUGCACAAAAUUUAAAAGAUAGUCCUGCAAAAAUAGGCACACCGGUUACAUUAACCAAUGUAGAAAUCAAACAUGAAGACUCAAAACUUUAUGAAGAAGAAAUAUGUGAAAAAUACGAACCAGAACAAAAGAAAACCGAAAAUGAAAGAUCAUCAGGAUUAGAUCAAGUACCAGAUAUAGACUCUAAUAUUAAAAAACAGAUCGAAGCUGAAAUUAUACCGGAAUCCAGUAAAGUCCCAGUUGUUGAACAAAUACAAAAAGAAGUUGAAAUUGUGCCAAAGACAAGAGAAGACGGCAGUGUUCAAACACACACUAAAGAGGAGCUUUCUUCGCAAAAAGAUAAAGAAAUUUCUCAAGUACAAAAGAUUUCCGAGGUAAUUAAACAAUCAGUCAUUGAAGAAAGUGUUCUAGAUCAAACUACAGAGAAAAUAACUUCGGAAAAUGUCCCAGAAUCGUUCAAUAAUGAAAGUGUUGAAAAACAAACUAAAGAUGAAUUUAAACCAGAAAGCAUCCAAGAAAGUAUGCAAAAUAAAAUAAUAUCCGAAAUUGAAAAUAAUCAAAAUAAUGACUCAGACGAAAUUACUAAACAUCCUGAAGUAGAAUCAACAUCAGAACCCAUUUUAAAUAAACAAGAUGGUAAGAAAAAUGUUCAAGAAGACAUUGUAACACCAAAAACAUCAAUUGAUCAAUCUCAAAUAAUUAUUGAAGAUUCUUUACAUGAGAAACGAAGUGUUGUGACAGAUUUCAUUAAACAUGAAAUGACUACAACGAAUAAACCAUAUGAUGCACCAUUAGCACCAUUUGAUAACGAGAUCAGGGUUGAAAGAUUGGAAACAAAUCAAUCCGAUUCUGAACCUUUCGCUUAUAAUGAGGAACAAGUUGACAAAAUAACAAACGAAAAAGAAAAGGAAAAUGUACAGCAGAAGGAAAUUGCUGAACCUCAAAUAAAUGAUAAAUUAGAAUUAGAUCAGAAUAUGGAACAGGAUAAAUUGAAAACUACAAAUAACGAUAAUGCUUUAUUAUCUGCAAUGUCUUCAGAACCUGGAGCUACAGAUCAAUACCAUAAAAAUGAUGAACUUCUGACUGGAUCUUCUGAUAUUACUAUUGUUAACAAAGACACAACUUCAUCUGAGAAACCAAUACCAGCAGAAAGAAGAAAAUCAUCAAUUACGCCGGCUGCCGAAACUGUAGGGGAAGUUAAACCUGAAGCAACGAUUGAAGAAUCAAAGCAUCAAGAUAUAGUCGAUUUUAUACAAAGUGAAAAAGGUGAUCCAAAACAUGGUAGUAAUGUGUUGCAAAAUGUUAAGGAUGCUGCCAAACUUAGUGCUUUGGCAAUAGUUGGUGCUCCUGUAUUAGCAGGAAAAGCAAUUGUUGAUGCUCUGAAAAAAGACAAUAAACCAUCAGAACCUAUCGCAAAACCAACAACAAUCGUUUCUACUACAUCCUCAACUAUUAAAGAGCCAAAUAAAUCUAUAGUUACAGAACCAGAAUCAACGGAUGCCAUACAUGAAAAUGUUCCAUUAAGAACUGCCGUACCUCCUCAAACAUUAGCUUUAGGUGAUGCAAUUUCUCAAAAUCUAAUUUCACCCGAUGAAUGUAGGGUUGUAGUUGAUGGUCAAAAACAAGAUCAGAGUGUUAGUGAAUUGUUAAAGGAAGAACAGCUUAGUCCAUUGGAUGAAGUACAGAUUUUAGAUGAUAAAUUAGUAGUUUUACAGUCUUUAACUUAUUUAGUAGACUUAGAUGAUGAACUAAGUCCCGAACAUUUCAGUGAAUUGAAUAUUUAUGACCCAGAAAAUCAAUACUUCAUUGACCCAUCAACAGGAAUGAAAAUAUCUUUCCAUACGUUAGUUUUCGAAAUGAAUGUAUUUAAUCCAGAAACAAUACUUGUUAAAAACUUUAGUACAGGCAACUAUGAAACUUUGACCGAUGCUCUAGAACGACCAUUACUUGAUAGACAUACCGGUCAUAUGGUCGAUCCAAAAUCCGGCAAAAAGAUUCCGUUCUUUGAAUGUGUAGCCCGCAAUUGGAUCAUCCGUGCCAACCCGGAAAAGGAAAAACCUGCAGCUAUUGAAAAUGUAAUCGAUCCUGCAACUGGAAAAGUAAUAUUGGACAAUGGUCGUGUUUGUUCAAUUGUUGAUGCUAUCAACAAUGGAUUACUUGAUAUCCAGUCCAUAUCGGUACGAGAUCCAGUAAGCGGUGAAGUAAUUCCACUGCGUAUGGCAAUUGAGUUGGGAGUUGUGGAUAUGCAGGCCGGUACUGUUAUUGAUAUUCAGACACUUAAAGAAAUUCCUAUGGAAGACGCAUUUAAAUUGGGCUUUUUGGUGCCUGGAGCACGAAAACCCAUCUCCCUGGAGGCAGCUGUCCGUAAAGGUCUUUAUGACCCCGAAACUGGUAAACUGUAUGACUCGGAGUCCGAUGUUCAAGUGGAUGUGCAAAAGUCCAUAGAAAUAGGUCUUGUCGACCCAAAAAUUUCUCUUAUUGUCGAUGCAAUUUCGCAAAAAGAAAUCAAACUGGAUUGUGCUAUUGAAGACGAGUUAGUAGUGGCCGAAACAGGUAAAAUAAAGGAUACUAAAACGAAUACGUUAGUACCAUUCGAUAUUGGUGUUGAAAAGAAAUUAGUUAAAACGGAUAGUAUUAAAUGGAGUUUACCUGAAGUGCUACAAAGAGAAUAUUAUUCGCCCAAAUCAGGCAAAAUUUUAAAUCCUUCGACCGGAGAAGAAAUUCUACUCCAACAAGCAAUAGAGCACGGGUUCGUAGAAUUAGAUUCUUGUUUAGUUAAAAACGAUGAAAAAAAUAUAAUUGUUCCCGGAAAACAAGCAGCUAAAGAAGGCCUACUCGACACAGUAAGAGGUUGCUUAAGCAGUCCUAACAUUAAAUUAGACGAAGCUUUCGUCAAGGGAUAUUUAAUAAGCACGAAGAAACCACUAUCAUUGGUCGAUUGCCUGUUAAGGGGACUUUACGAUCCCGAUACUUCUAAAUUUAAUAUUGACGAUAAGAGAGUAGAUCUUAAAUCAGCAAUUUCCCUUAAACUAAUUAACGCCGACGAAUUGGUUCUUUUAGAUCCAAAAACUGAAUCGAUUAUUUCGCUUAAUGAAGCAAUUUCUAAGGGGUAUAUUGAUCCUGUAGGUGGAUUCGUCAUUAAUCCUUUUGCCGGAACAAAAUUGUCAUUAAAUGAGGCUCUUGAAAAUCGUGUUCUAAUUCCUCCAAAACGCAAACGAAGUUUACCUGAUGCUGUGUACCGUGGCCUGUAUGAUCCUAAAACUGGAGAAUUCAGUAACACUAUUACACGUGAAAAACUCUCAACUGAACGUGCUAUUCGUAGAGGAAUAUUGGAUACAGAUUCGACCAUUGUGAAUCUAGCGGGCGAAGUAUUACCAUUUGAAAAAGCUGCUCAGGUUGGCAUUGUUGACAGUCAACGCGGCACUGUUAAAGACAACGAGGACAAGCCCAUCGACUUUAAAGAAGCUUUCGAUAGAGGUGUGCUUCUCGAAGCAAAGAAACCUUUGCGUCUAAUCGAGGCGGUCAUAAAAAACGUUUACGAUGAAGUCGACGGUAGUUUUAUGGACCCCAAAACGGGAUUGAAACUCUCCUUUGCCGAGGCUGUAGACUCCAAUCUCCUCGAUGGCGACAGUGUUCAAAUACGUGACUUUAACACCGGUUUAUACAAACAACUAAAUUUGGCUCAUGCCACAGAAUCUGGCGUUAUCGACGGAAAUAAUGCUAAAUUGGUAUACAACAACCAAAAAAUUACCAUUAAACAUGCUUUUGACGUUGGUAUUCUUAUAGAUACCCAAGCUCCCUUAAGCUUACAGAGAGCCUUGCACCAAGGUCUUUUUGAUGAAAAAACUGGAAAACUAACCGAUCCCAAGAGUGGACGCAAAAUAACUUUACUCGAAAGCAUACGUAGCUUUGUUAUAAAUCCUCAGUUGCCUUGCUACUUUGACGAAUUACAAGAACAAAUGUACAAUUUGACUGAAACUUGUCGGAUGGGUAUUAUAAAUAGAAGGGAAGGGGUCUUCCGGGAACCCGGUAGCAACACAUUUGUGUCAUUGAACGAAGCGUUAAGUUUAGGUCUUAUUGUAGAUAUAGAAAAUGCCAGUUUUGGCUUAUACGAAUUGCUUGCAAUGGGCUUCUAUGACAGGACAACACGUAAAAUUAUCCACCCAGUUACAGGAAGAAAACUUAAUUUGAAUGAGGCUUGUGUUGAAGACGUCGUUAGUCUGUCGUCUAGCUUAGUGAAGAAUAAUAAAUCCGGAAAGUAUGUUAGAUUAGCUCAAGCCCUUAAAGACAAAACAAUAGAUGACACAAAUGGAUGUUACAAUUUGGGAGAUUCCGAACAAAUAGAUCUUCAGGAGGCACGAUCAAGAGGCUUAAUAGUCUCGAAUCGAAGGCUUUUAUGCUUAGAACUCGUAAUGCGUAUGCAAUUAUUUAGGCAAGAAACUGGAAAGUUCUGUGAUCCCACUACGGGUGAUUUUUGUGAUUUAGCAGAGGCCAUUCAAAAUGGUUUUAUAGACCCUGCUACUACUGUUUUUAAGAAUCAUGUAACAGGUAAAGAAUUGCCACUCAACGAGGCCAUUGAAAAUGGCGAUAUUGACGUAGCUAAGGGCCGCGUAUUCGACCCGAAAUCAAAAUCUGCUUAUAAUUAUGACAUUGCUUUAUCACGUGGAAUAUUGGUUACCAUUUCAAAACCUUUAACAGAACGCACAGAAGUAGUAAAACGACAAGAAAGUGUCGAACUAUUAAGUCAGACACCUGUUAGCGUUGUCGUCAGUAAGCCUCGAGAAAUGUCUUUAGAAGAAGCUAUAAAAUAUAAUAUAAUUGACCCAAAGACCGCUUUGGUUCGCGAUUUUGAAACAUUUAAAUUUUUGCCAUUUGAAGUUGCAAUGCAAAACAAUACUCUCGAUUUGAGCAAGCGAACUUUAGUUGAUCCGAAAGCACUAUAUUUCGCGUUUGAUCAAAACCUAAUUGUAUACAUAAGAGAACCCAUAACGUUUGAUUAUGCUGCCGAAUGCAAAAUUCUGGAUCUGCAAACAGGCAUGCUGAAAUAUCCAGAUCAAGAACUUCAGCAACAAAUUGUUCAUGAAACUGACAAUAGUAGCGAAUUAGGAGAAACUGAACUAAAAAUGUAUUCCCUUAAAGAUGCCACCACCAUGGGUAUAAUAGAUCCAGACUCUGCUCUAAUAAAGGACUUGGCGAAGUCAAAGUUAGUACGUUUACCAGAAGCUUUCCGCAAAGGAUUAAUAGAUGCCAACAAGGCGAAUGUUUUGAAUACAAAAACGUCAAAAUUGUGUUCACUGAGUGAGGCCUACAAUAACGGUUUGAUUGUAACUCCUAAACGUUCCUUUGGUCUACUCGAAGCUAUUUCCUUUAACCUUUACAAUCCCACGAAUGGCUGCUUUGUGGAUCCCUUCCAAAUGAAUCCCGAUAUUAUAAAACGUAAAAAGUUCUCACUCGACGAAACAAUAACGAGUGGUUUGAUUGAUCCGUCCUCAACAGUGGUUAGAAAUCCAACAACCGGCGAAAUCUUACCGCUCACUACAGCCAUACAAUCCGGUUUAAUAGACCCCACAGAAGGACGAAUUAACGAUCCAUCAAACAGUAAAAACAAUAUGGAUCUUGUUAAGGCCGCCGAGAAAGGUCUUUUAUUGCCAGCAGAACAAAGGCAAGCAGUAUUUGAGAAAUUCAACAUGUGCGAAGAAAAUGUUAAUGAACUACUCAAGUGGGUCAAUAGUGUCGAGCAUAAAAUUGCAACAGUGGGAGGACCUCGAGAAAAUAUUGAUGAACUCCGCAACCAAAUUAAUGCUCUUAAGCAAAUCAAGGAUGAGAUCGAAACACAACAGCGGCCAGUGGCAACAUGCCUAGAGCAAAUUCGUCAAAUUGUAUUAACUGGCGGUGAUGUUCUAUCUGCCCCCGAAGUGACAACUUUAGAAAAUGCAGGUCGUGAAUUACGUUCACGCGUUGACCGUGUUAAUGAUCGCACUGUUCGUUUGUUGCGUCGAUUGGAAGCUGGACGUGAUGAACUUAAUAAGUUACGAAGUGAACUAGAUAUAUUCUCCGAUUGGCUACAGUCAGCACGCCGUACAUUAGAGGAUAAAGAACGCGCUCUGUCUGAUCUUACUCGUCUUUCAUCUCAAGCAGAAACAGUGCGUGAGUUCGUUAGUGAUGUAAUAGGUCAUCAAGCAGAUUUACGUUUCAUCACAAUGGCUGCUCAGAAGUUUGUCGAUGAAGGCAAAGAAUUCUUAGCAAUUCUAAAUGAUUUUAGAACAUCUCUACCCGAACGUUUGCCACAUGUGGAGCCGUUAUCAAGUGCAGAAAGCCCGAUACGUCAAGAAGUAUCGUUAGUAUCAGCUCAAUAUAAGGAUCUAAUGAAUCGUGUCAAUGCACUUCAGGAUCGCAUUUCUGGUCUGGGUGGACGUCAACGUGAAUAUCAGGAUUCUUUAGACAAGGCAAGCGAAUGGUUAAGAAGCGCACAACCACGCGUAUCUCGAUUAAUUUCAGAGCCCAUAGCUGGAGAUCCAAAAUCUGUGCAAGAACAAAUGAAUGAAGCCAAGGGCUUGCACAACGAGCUCUUGUCGAAUGGCCGCCUUGUUGACAAUGCUCAACAAGCAUUGGAUAGUUUAUUACACACCUUAGGAGGCCAGCUAAGCCCGAUGGAAAUCAACCAGCUGGAAAUUCCGAUCGCUGAACUAAAAGACAAGUAUCAGAGUCUUCUUGAUACUUUGGGCGAACACUGCAAGAUGUUAGAUAAAACCUUGGUGCAAUCUCAAGGCGUCCAAGAAGCUCUUGAUAAUUUGGGCGGCUGGGUUAACCAAGCAGAGGAUAAAUACAAACUACAGUUGAGACCUGCCUCGCUUAUCAAAGAACGUCUACAGGAACAAAUUCGUGAGCACAAGGCUCUUCUUGCUGACAUGCAGUCUCACCAAGUCAGUAUAGACAGCGUUCAAUCGUCCGCUAAACAUUUGAUGAACACGGCAUCUAAUGCCCGCAUUGCUAAAAAAGUGGAAACAAAUCUCAAUGAUGUCACUUCUAAAUUUGAAAAGCUUUACGAUAAGGUUGUUAAACGUGGCGAUUUCCUCGAUGAUGUCUAUAAUCGUUUGUGCCAAUAUUUGGACGAAAUUACUAGCGUGGAACAGGAAAUUGGUACUUUACAAGAUGCACUUGAUGGUCGUGACACUAGUUUAAUUUCUGCCGAAGAAUCUGCUCGCCGUAUGCAGGAACUCUUGCAUCGUAAAGAAGAUCUUACACCCUCUUACGAGGAUUGUGUACGCAAUGGAAAAGAUCUAAUUAGCAUUCGCGAUGUAACUGACACCAGCACUUUACGCGAUAGAAUCAAGGCGCUUGAAUCUCAAUGGCGCAACAUUAACAUUACCAUCGAAGAGAAAGCAAAAUUGUCAAAACAAAAAGCUGAACACCAAGUAGCAUAUGAGGGUCUUAAGGAUCAAGUACUUUCGUGGUUGGCGAGUAUGGAAACUCGUAUUAGCGGUCUGAGCCCUGUAGCUGUGGAUUUGGAUAAAAUUCGUCAACAGCAUGAGGAGUUAAAACCGAUUAACAAGGAUUACCGGGAGUACGCGUCUACAAUUGACAAAAUUAAUGAUAUUGGUGCGCAAUACGAUGCUCUAAUUCGUCCUGAAAGUCCAGGUCGCAAACGGUCAACAUUUAGUCCUAUAAAACGAGUUAGUCCCUUGCGUCGCAUGUCCGGAGAUGCUCGUAGCCCUAGCCCUACAAAGGGAGGUAUUCUGUCGCCACUAUCAACUGGUUCCAGUGGAUUUGGUAGCCGCAGAUCCUCUCAAGAUGGCUUCCAACUCUCCGAACUUUCUCCGGUACAACAACAAUUGAGCGAAAUUAAUAACCGUUACGGUCUAAUAGGAGUGCGUAUAAAUGAUCGUCAAAACGAAUUAGACAACAUGAGCGAAGAAGUAAGAAAACAAUAUGAUAAUCUUAAAAAUCUUGCUAGCUUCUUGGAUCGUAUUCAACGCCAGUUGCCAAAAGAAUCUGUUUCAAAUAAGGAUGAAGCCGAUCGUUGCAUUAAACAAGCUCGUAAAAUUCUUGAAGAUAUGUACGAGAAGCAAAGCCUUUUGGACACAACAAAAACGCAAAUUAAAGACAUACUUCGCCGCAAAUCAGAGGUUCCUGGUGCUGAUCAGUUACGCAUUGAAAACGAUAACAUUGUAGAAAAGUGGAAGCAAUUGAGUGAUAUUUGCAAAAAUCGCAUCAACUUUUCAGAAAAAUUGCGUGAUUUCUUAGACACACACAAUAACUUAAAGAACUGGUUAGACAGCAAGGAACGCAUGCUAACGGUUCUUGGUCCCAUUUCGUCCGACCCCCGCAUGGUUCAAAGUCAAGUUCAACAAGUACAAGUUUUGCGUGAAGAGUUCCGUACUCAACAACCACAAUUGAAACACUUCCAAGAGAUUGGUCAUGAUGUUCUUGAUCAUUUGGAAAGUGAUUCACCAGAUGCUGCAGCUGUUGAUAAAAAACUGAAAGAUGUAAACUCUAAAUGGGAAGAUUUGGUCGGACGCCUUGAUGAACGUGCAAACAGUUUGGGAGGUGCAGCUGACAGUAGCAAAGAAUUUGAUGCCGCAGUGAAUAGGCUUCGAGAGGCAUUGCAACAAAUAAGUGAUAAUUUAGACGGCUUACCAACUGAUGGUGAUCAUCAAGAGAAUUUAAGAAAAAUAGAAAAUUUGGAACGUCAAUUAGAAGGUCAACGACCAUUGCUUGCCGACGCAGAACAAUCAGCAGCUGCUCUUUGCAAUAUACUAGGUGAUCCAGCAUCGAGAGCUGACGUUAACUCCAGAGUUGCUGCUCUUGAAAAACAAUAUCAAGCACUACAGAAGAAACUUGAUACAAAAAAAGCUGAAACUGAAGCAACACUUAGAGAUGGUCGCCACUUUGCUGAAAACUGCUCUAAAACUCUUGGUUGGCUUUCUGCUGAACUUUCCAAUUUGGCAGAACGUCUUUUGGUAUCAGCUCAUAAACCUACAUUGCAACAUCAAAUUGAUACUCAUGAGCCAAUAUAUCGUGAAGUAAUGGCACGUGAACAUGAAAUCAUAAUGCUCAUCAACAAAGGAAAAGAUCUUACAGAUCGCCAACAAGAUAGAACUGUUAAACGUGACUUAGAAAGAAUUCAACAACAAUGGGAAAAACUUCGUCGUGAAGCUGUCGAACGCCAUACUCGUUUGCAAACUUGUAUGGAACAUUGUAAGAAAUAUGAAACAACAUCCGAGGUAUUUUUAGCUUGGUUGCGUACUGCUGAAGACAAGCUUGUCGAACUGAAUCCAGGAGUACUUUCUAAAUCUAAACUUGAUACUCGUCUCCGUGAUCUACAGACUUUCCGCAGCGAGGUCUGGAAACAUUCCGGUGAAUUUGAGAACACGAAGGGUUUGGGCGAAACAUUCUUGGCCAGCUGUGACGUAGACAAAGACCCAAUAAAGGCAGAACUACAAGAUAUUCGUGAAAGAUGGGAACGUCUUAAUAAUGAUCUUAUUGCCAGAGCUCAUGAAAUAGAAAACUGCUCACGCCGUUUAGGCGACUUUAAUGAUGAACUUCGAAAUUUAGAUCAUGCAGUAGGAAGAUGCGAGGAUCGUCUUGCAGCUCAUGAUGCCUUGGGUGGCGCAGCUAAAGACCCUAAACUCUUGGAACGUGUAAAGGCUAUACGCGAAGAACUCACAAAUUUGCAGAAACCAUUACAGACUCUUAAGGGUAUGGCUAAAGAUAUCUGUGCCGAAGCACGUGCUGCUGGUGGAGACGCUGAACACCUUACUGAUGAUGUUGAUGGCAUUUCUGAUCGAAUUGCAGAAUUACAAGGUCGUUUAGAUGAUCGUUUGGGCGAACUUCAAUCCGCAGCAACUGCAGUUUCACAAUUCAAUGAACAAAUAAAAACUUUAGGGCUCGAUUUGAAUGAAAUAGAAAAUGAAGUUGAAAAACUCUCCCCACCCGCACGCGAAAUUAAACGAGUGCAAGGUCAAAUCGACGACACUGCCAAAUUACAAAAUAAGCUCGAACGUAUUGUAGAUCGUAUUGAGGAUGGCGAGCGUGCUGCUGAUGCUUUAGUUGACGCUGGCUUUUCACCAGAUACUGCCCAAACACGUGACCAAAUUUCUACUCUUCGUAAAACACUUGCUCGUUUGGAUAAUCGUGUUCGUGAUCAUGCACAGAACUUAGACGACACAUUGCGUUCUUUACACGAGUUUUACGAUAUGGAAUCACAAACUAUGGACGAUAUUAAAGAUUUGAGUGAUGAAUUCUGUCGCAUGAAACCUGUGGGCUCCGAACUAGAGCAAAUUCGUCGCCAGCAGGAAGAUUUUCGUAAUUUCCGUGAAAACAAAUUUGAACCUUUGGCUCAAAAUGUUGAUAAGGUUAAUGUAAACGGACGUGAUCUGGUACGAUCUGCCGCAAGUGGUGUCUCAACUGCUCAAAUUGAGAAGGACUUAGAGAAGUUGAACGAUCGCUGGAACGAUCUUAAAGAACGUAUGAAUGAACGCGAUAGACGUCUGGAUGUUGCCCUUUUACAAUCAGGCAAAUUUAAAGAAGCUUUAGCUGGUCUGUCUAAAUGGCUAUCUGAUACCGAAGAAAUGGUAGCUAACCAAAAACCCCCAAGUUCGGAUUAUAAGGUCGUCAAAGCACAGCUACAAGAACAAAAAUUCCUUAAGAAAAUGCUUUUAGAUCGUCAACAUUCUAUGUCGUCUUUAUCUUCGUUGGGUAAAGAAGUAGCCAAUCACUGUGAUCCAUCUGAACGUGCUGCUAUUGAGAAACAACUUCAUGAUCUCAUGAAACGUUUCGAUGCAUUAACUGAUGGUGCUGAACAAAGAGAACAAGACCUGGAAGAAGCAAUGGAAGUUGCCAAACGUUUCCAUGAUAAGAUUAGCCCAUUGGAAUUAUGGUUAGAUAACACAGAAAGAGCCGUUAAAGGAAUGGAGCUAAUACCAACGGACGAAGAAAAGAUUCAACAACGCAUUCGCGAACAUGGCCGUCUUCAUGAUGAAAUUCUGAGCAAGAAACCUGACUUUACUGAUUUAGCCGAUGUGGCAGGUCAGUUGAUGCAUUUAGUGAGUGAUGAUGAAGCAGUCAAUUUAGGUGAGAAAGUACGAACCAUAACAGAUCGCUACACUGGAUUGGUAGAUUCUAGUGACAAUAUCGGUGCUUUGUUGUCAGAAUCUUGCAAGGGUCUAAGGCAUUUAGUUUUAACUUACCAAGAUUUAGUUGCAUGGAUGGAACGAAUGGAAAACGAAUUAAAACGCUUCCGUUCUGUACCAGUCUAUGCUGAAAAAUUAAUGGAACAAAUGGAACUUUUGUUAGAACUGAACGAAAAUAUUGCAAAUAAUGCACCAAAUGUUGAGUCAACUGUUGAAUCCGGAGCGGAACUCAUGAAACAUAUUUCCAAUGAUGAAGCCAUACAACUCAAAGACAAGUUGGAUUCAUUGCAACGUCGCUAUGGAGAACUUACAAACCGUGGUGGAGAUUUGUUAAAGAGUGCUCAAAAUGCACUGCCAUUGGUUCAACAAUUCCAUGAAGCUCACAAUCGUUUAGUUGAAUGGAUGCAAUCGGCAGAAAGUGCUCUAGCUACUAGUGAACCACGUCAGACUGACGUUCUUCGUUUGGAAGCUGAAUUAGCUGAAAUGCGACCAACAUUAGACUCGGUCAACUUAGUUGGACCUAAACUAUGUCAACUAUCUCCCGGCGAAGGAGCUUCUACUAUUGAAAACAUUGUUACACGUGAUAACCGUAGAUUUGACGCAAUUGUAGAACAAAUUCAACGCAAAGCUGAACGUUUACAUCUCAGUAACCAACGAGCUAAAGAGGUCACUAAUGAUAUUGACGAAUUGUUAGAAUGGUUCCGUGAAAUGGAUACAAACUUGCGCGAAGCUGAUUUACCAGCAAUCGAACCUAAAUUGGUUCGUGCCCAGCUGCAAGAACAUCGUUCUGUCAAUGAUGACAUUUCCAGUCAAAAGGGACGUGUGCGUGAUGUUACUGCAGCUUCCAAAAAAGUUUUACGUGAAUCUCCUCAAAGCGAAAAUACUGCCACAUUGCGUGAAAAACUAGAUGAUCUUAAAGAGAUUGUCGACACAGUUGUUCAGCUUUGCAGUGAAAGGUUAGGCGUACUUGAACAAGCUUUGCCCCUUUCAGAACAUUUUGCUGAUUCUCAUGCUGGCCUAACUACCUGGUUAGAUGAUAUGGAACAACAAAUUUCACGUCUUAGUAUGCCGGCAUUGCGACCCGAUCAAAUAACCCAGCAACAGGACAAGAACGAAAGGCUUCUCCAAUCUAUUGCAGAACACAAACCGUUAUUGGAUAAAUUAAAUAAAACAGGUGAAGCUUUAGGCGCCCUUGUCGCUGAUGACGACAGUGCUAAAAUUAAUGAAAUUUUGGAUUCGGAUAAUGCUCGUUAUGCUGCUCUACGUCUAGAAUUACGCGAACGGCAACAAGCUCUAGAUAACGCUUUGCAAGAGUCCAGUCAAUUUUCCGAUAAACUCGAGGGAAUGUUGCGUGCUCUGGCCAAUACUGUAGACCAAGUUAACCAACUUGAUCCACUAUCAGCUCUACCUCAAAAGAUUCGUGAACAAAUUGAGGAUAAUGCCGCAAUUAAAGAUGACUUAGAUAAACGAACGGAUGCCUUUAGUGCGGUUCAACGCGCAGCUAGUGAUGUUAUCGCAAAGGCUGGCAAUAAGUCAGAUCCAGCUGUCCGAGAUAUAAAGAGUAAAUUGGAGAAACUCAACAACUUAUGGAAUGAUGUUCAAAAAGCAACCAAAAAACGAGGUAGUUCUCUCGACGAUAUCCUUAAUGUUGCUGAACCUUUCUGGAAUCAACUGCAAAGUGUAAUGAAAACAUUGAAGGACCUCGAAGAAACCCUAUCAUCUCAAGAACCACCUGCAGCCCAACCCCAAGAAAUUCAAAAACAACAAGUAGCAUUGCAGGAAAUUCGCCAUGAAAUCGACCAAACCAAACCGGAAGUUGAACAAGUACGCCGCCAUGGCAGCAAUCUAAUGAAUUUGUGCGGUGAACCUGAUAAACCAGAAGUUAAAAAACAUAUUGAGGAUUUGGAUAAUGCCUGGGAUAACAUUACCGCCCUGUAUGCCAAACGUGAAGAAAAUCUCAUUGAUGCCAUGGAAAAAGCUAUGGAAUUCCAUGAAACUCUACAAAAUCUUCUGAAAUUCCUAGCGAAGGCUGAAGAUAAAUUCGCACAUUUAGGACCAGUCGGUUCAGAUAUUGACGCUGUUAAAAAACAAAUCGAGCAAUUGAAGUCGUUCAAGGAUGAAGUUGACCCACACAUGGUUGAGGUAGAGGCAUUAAAUAGAGGUUUAGAAAGACAAGCUGUUGAAUUAACGGAACGAACUUCUCCUGAACAAGCUGCUUCAAUUCGUGAACCUUUGACAGUGGUAAAUCGCCGUUGGGAGACAUUAUUGCGUGGAAUGGUUGAACGUCAAAAACAACUUGAACAUGCUCUUUUGCAUUUAGGGCAAUUCCAACAUGCACUUAAUGAACUUUUAGUUUGGAUUAACAAAACAGAUGGUACUUUAGAUCAAUUAAAACCGAUACCCGGCGAUCCACAAUUACUCGAAGUCGAAUUAGCAAAAUUAAAGGUUUUGGCAAAUGAUAUUCAAGCUCAUCAAAAUUCAGUUGAUACACUUAAUGAUGCAGGACGGCAAUUGAUUGAAUCUGAAAAGGGUUCUAUUGAGGCAUCCACUACUCAGGAAAAACUUCGUAAAUUGAACCAGGAAUGGAAGAUGCUUUUACAAAAGGCCUCGGAUCGUCAACAUGAGUUAGAAGAGGCUUUGCGAGAAGCCCACGGUUACAUUGCCGAGGUUCAAGAUAUUCUAGGUUGGUUAGGUGAUGUUGAUGCUGUUAUCGGAGCAAGUAAACCAGUUGGUGGCUUACCAGAAACUGCCACCGAACAACUUGAACGUUUUAUGGAGGUGUACAAUGAACUCGAAGAAAAUCGUCCCAAAGUUGAAACAAUUCAAGCUCAAGGUCAAGAAUAUAUUAAACGUCAGAAUCAAAUGAAGGUAUCCUCUAGUAAUCUCCAGCACACAUUACGCACACUCAAACAACGGUGGGACGCCGUUGUUUCAAGAGCUUCGGACAAAAAGAUUAAACUUGAAAUUGCACUAAAAGAAGCUACUGAAUUCCACGAUACAUUGCAAGCAUUUGUGGAAUGGUUGAAUCAGGCGGAAAAACAAUUGGCCAAUGCUCAACCCGUAUCAAGGGUUUUAGAAACAAUCCAGGCGCAAAUGGAAGAACACAAAAUUUUACAAAAGGAUGUUAGUACUCACCGCGAGGCAAUGCUAUUGCUUGACAAGAAGGGAACCCACCUAAAGUACUUCAGCCAAAAGCAAGAUGUAAUACUGAUUAAGAAUCUUCUUGUAUCAGUCCAACAUCGUUGGGAACGUAUUGUUAGCAAGGCAGCUGAACGUACCCGUGCUCUUGAUCAUGGCUACAAAGAAGCUCGCGAAUUCAAUGAUGCCUGGAACAACAUGAUGCAAUAUCUACGUGAGACUGAGAAUGUUCUGGAUCAAAUUAUUGAGGAGGCCACCUCAUCUAAGGAACCACAAAAGAUUAAGAAAUGUAUUGCUCGUCUUAAGGAUAGUCAUCGUCAAUUGACAAGUAAACAAUCUUUAUAUGACUCCACAAUGCGCAACGGCAAGAAUCUCAUGGAACGCGCUCCAAAGAGUGACGAACAAGUGCUCGGUAAAAUGUUAAGCGAACUUAAGGACCAAUGGACGCGCGUGUUGUCAAAGAGCAUUGAACGUCAACGGAAAUUAGAGGAGGCUCUUCUUUUAUCUGGACAGUUUUCAGAUGCACUCGGUGAACUUUUAGAAUGGUUGAAGAAAGCCAAACAACGCCUGAACGAAGAUGGACCUGUCCAUGGAGAUUUGGAAACAGUUCAAAGGCUCUGUGAGCAUCACAAACACAUUGAACAGGACUUGCAGAAGCGUGCCGCUCAAAUGCAAGGCGUACUCAAGACUGGUCGCGAUUUGGAACGCUCUGGUAAUAAUCCAGAUGUUGGUCACCAAUUAGAUGAAUUACAAUCAAUGUGGGAUGAUGUUAAGGGUGCUGCAGCUAAACGCGGCGAGCGUUUACAAUAUGCCCUUAAAGAUGCUGAGAAGUUAAAUGGCAGCAUCCAGGCACUCUUCGACUGGUUGGAUCAUGCUGAGCAAAAAUUACGCUAUGCCAAGAAUGCACCCGACGAUGAAAAGGUGUCUCGAGAAAUGAUGGAUAUGCACAUGGAUUUCAUGACCGAUUUACGCACCCGUGAAAAGCAAAAGUUGGAAACUUUCGAGUUUGCUGAAGAAAUUAUAGUCAAGGCCUAUCCAGAUGCUAUACCAAUCAUUAAGAAUUGGUUAAGUAUUAUUGAAGAACGUUGGGAAGAAGUCAAGCAGUGGGCCAUUAACCGUGAAGCUAAAUUGGAGCAACACUUACAAUCUCUUAAAGAUUUGGAUGAUUGUAUAGAAGAACUUUUAGCUUGGUUAAGUGGUCUUGAAGCGACAUUGCUUAACUUAGAGCGUGAAUCAUUGCCGGAUGAAAUUCCACCACUUGAGAAGCUUAUUGAAGAUCACAAAGAAUUUAUGGAGAAUACUGCUAGACGUCAAACUGAAGUUGAUCGUGCCUGCAAACCUAAACAACUACCACCUGGUGCUCGCAAAAUGACCAGAAAAACCCCAGCUCGUGGCUCAAGUCAUGAUAUUCGUGAACAAUCACCCGAUGGUACCUUAAGACGACAAAGCUUCAAGGGAUCUCGUGAUCAAGGCCUUAAUACCCGCAAAUCAAGUAGUCGUAUGACUCCAAGUCGUGAUACUCCCGAUAGAGAUCGUUUGCCUCAUUAUGGUCCACGCUUCUCACCUAGCUCUGUGGGACCUGAACUGGAAUUCCGUUCGCCAAGAGCGAAAUUGUUGUGGGAUAAAUGGCGCCAUGUUUGGAUGUUAUCAUGGGAACGUCAACGUCGUUUGAAUGAUCAUCUUAUGUAUUUGAAGGAUUUGGAACGAGUUCGCAACUUUAGCUGGGAUGACUGGAGAAAAAGGUUCUUGAAAUACAUGAAUCACAAGAAAUCACGGUUAACUGAUUUGUUCCGUAAAAUGGAUAAGGACAACAAUGGUUUAAUACCAAGAGCCGAAUUCAUUGAUGGUAUUUUGAAUACCAAAUUCGAUACUUCACGCAUGGAAAUGGGUGCUGUUGCUGAUCUGUUUGAUCGCAAUGGUGAAGGUUUGAUUGAUUGGCAGGAAUUUAUAGCUGCUCUCAGACCUGACUGGCAAGAACGCAAGCCUCAAACCGAUUCAGAUAAGAUUCAUGAUGAGGUCAAACGUUUGGUUAUGCUGUGUACUUGUCGCCAGAAAUUCCGUGUUUUCCAAGUCGGUGAAGGCAAAUAUAGGUUUGGUGAUUCACAAAAAUUACGCCUUGUUCGUAUUUUGCGUAGUACUGUAAUGGUGCGUGUUGGUGGCGGCUGGGUCGCCCUAGAUGAAUUCCUUCAGAAGAAUGAUCCUUGUCGCGCUGAUGAACAUUUGGCUGAAUUAAUGCCAAUAUUUGAGCGUAUACGUGCACAAGAGCAAGUACCAUGCGCCUUUCCUAUACAUAUGGGUGCUGGUGGCACCGUAUUUGUACGUUGCAAUAGUAGUCGUUCUGUUCCACUGAGUCCACAUGUAAUACAUUGCCAUCCUACUACGCAAUGGGUGCGCGAACGUUCUGUUCGCUCUAUACCAAUGACAAAGACAACAAAUACUCGUUCGUCAGUAUCAGCUUCAACCCCAGAUUCAUUGAGUGAUAAUGAGGGAAGCCAUGGUCAUGCCUCGGGACGUUAUACCCCAAGAAAAGUUACAUAUACCAGUACAAGAACAGGUUUGACACCUGGUGGCUCCAGAGCUGGUUCUAAGCCCAAUUCUCGCCCUGUUAGUAGACAAGGUUCUAAACCACCAUCACGUCAUGGUUCUACAUUAUCUCUAGAUAGUACAGAUGAACAUACGCCAUCACGCAUUCCACAACGUAAACCUUCGGCCACAAGUUCAAUUUCUGGCACUGGUACAACACCACGUCCAUCAAGAUUAUCCGUUACACCCACAACCUCUCGAACAAAUGGUACAAUUACACGUAAAACCGCAUCUGGAUCUGCCAGUCCUGCUCCCACUAGCAACGGAGGCAUGAGUAGAUCAUCCAGUAUACCAGCACUAACAGGCUAUGGCUUCAAAACUAGCAAUCGUAUGUCCAGGAUACCAGUUAAAGUAUCGAAUUCAUUGAGUGCUAAUUCCUCACCAACCAACUCCACUUCAAGUAGUGUGAUUAAUCCUAACAAUUUGGGGCGCACUGUAAGUGGCACUUCAACACCAUCAGGUAUGCAAACUCCAAGAAAAAGUUCUGCCGAACCAACAUUCAGCUCAACAAUGCGCAGUCGAACAUCCCGUGGUACAACACCUGUGGAGAAACGAGAACCUUUUAGACUAUAAAACUAUAAAGUGCAUUAUGACGAAAAAAAGUUAAAAAGAAAAACUUGAAAACCUCAAGUUUAACGCACACACAUUUAUUUAUAUGGAUUCUCGUCCAUAGCUAUAAAACAAAAAAAAACAAGAUAUUCAAACUCUACUAACCACUAGUUUGCAGAUGCUAAAACUAACGACUACAAAGACAAAAAAGAAGUUAACAAACUGUUUUUGUAUCUCUAACACAUCCUAUAUAUUACAUUGAUUUAAAUGUAUGGAAAGUAAAACUAUAUUUGUUUGAAGCCAUUUUCGCCAGAUGUUUUCAAACAACAAUAAUGGUUUCAGGAAAUAUUAUUUUCACUGAUAAAAUUAUAUAAAACAUACACACAAAAAGACAUAAAACCUCAAUGAUUUCUACAACAAAAAAAUUAUUAUUAUUGUUUAGAUUUUUUUACUAUUUAUAAAAACUUAAUUAUUAUUUAUACUAAUUUUAACUAUAAAAACUUUGUACUACUUUUUUUGUUUAAUACGUUUCCUUUUAAAAUAUUAUUCAGUUAAUUUAUUUUAAUUUCUGUUAUUUUUUCUGAAAAAAAUAUGAACCUAAUUUUAUUUUAUGUAUAUAAUUACUUUUUUAGAACACUCCAAGUGCUUUAAGUCAAAAGAAUUGCAAAAUAAAAAAAUAUAUAAACAAAUUUAAA